AUGCUCAGCGCGUUGGACCCCUUCAAGAACUUCCAGCGCGACUCCGUCAGCAAGCGGCAGCGUGCCACUGGGGUGGCGGCAGCCGAAAAAAUCGCCCCCCUGGAUUCCCUCACACUGGCCGCUAUGUGCCGGAAGAUGUAUACCGAUGGACGUUUCGAGGAGCCCGUUGAGCACCGGGUCCCUGACGACAUCAUCGAGAGUUUCCCCAAGCUCUUCGGCAACAAGGAAGACAUCGACACCUUCAUGUCGACCCAGAUGGCGCAUAUCGACAUGCAAGUCGAUAAGGCCGUCCAGGCUGAUCCCCAGCUGUUGAAGUCGACGCUGGAAAUCCUCGGCCGCCUCGACAAGGACUUCGACAUGGACGGCAUGGAACCUCACGAACCGGAUGGCGCCGUCUUCAACUACGACAAGUUCAAGGCAGCAUACGCAUGGUGCAACUGGGACACCGGCGGCCCUAGCAACAAGUUUUUCCUUCCCCAUCAGCCUGUUGGUACUGUGCCAGCCUCGCGAUGUGGUUGA